CAGUAUGACACGUACAUUUUUCCAGAGACAGAGAGAGAAACAAAGAGUCAUUACUAAAAGAGUGUGAGAGAAAGAAAGAAUUAUAUGAAGCUCCAUGAUGAGCGUAUAAUGGAUGAAGCUCGUGAAACGCCCUCUGUUAAAGAACUGGAGAAAAUACUGUUUGGAGGGAAGAGAAGUGGAAAUCAUGUGGAUGAAGUUUGGCCCAACAUGUUCCUGGGUGACAUGUCUGUAGCCAAUGAUCGGUUCAUUCUGUGGAAGCUGGGCAUCACUCACGUCCUGAACGCCGCUCAUGGAAAGAUGCACUGUCAGGGCAGUCAUGAGUUUUAUGGGUCAACAGUCGAGUACUACGGAGUCCCAGCAGAUGAUUCGCCAUCGUUCAACUUGUCUGUUUACUUUCAUCCUUGUGCUGAUUACAUUCAGGAGGUGCUCAGUUCUCCGGGAGCACGGAUGUUGGUUCAUUGUGCGGUGGGAGUGAGUCGUUCUGCGUCUCUGGUGUUGGCUUAUCUCAUGAUACACCAGCGUCUUUCCUUACUGGAUGCUAUUAAAACUGUCAAGCAGCACCGCUGGAUCUUCCCAAACCGAGGGUUUCUCAAACAGCUACGGGCUCUUGAUGCGACUCUACGCUGGUCUGUUCCCAUCCAUACCUGGCAGCAGGUGAGGUGAGCAGCGGACAGAUGUGGUC